UUUCAUUAUUUCCUGCAUAGCAUAUCGACUCGAGUGGUAAGCUGCGCACGCAUUCCUGUAUUAAAUAUGCAUGUUGCAACUAAAAAAAGAAGAAAAGAAGGAUAUUAGGAGUUCCUUAUUAAAGAUGUGCCUGUAUUCAAGAACGACCGGAAUGGUGUACAUCCAUAGGUUGGAAAGGAUGUCACUUAGAUAUUAGAAAAAUGUUAUUCCUUCUGACAGGCCUGUUUUAAACUUCACUUCAAUGGCUCAUGAAAAGCAACUCAGAAAUCCGAAAUAUCGGAGCUGGGUAAAAUCAGGACUGGGCCUGAAGUAUUUAAAAGAAGGAUUAGAACAAUUCACAGUGGAUGUUUUGGAUGAACAGCACCUAGCUAUUCUAAUGACAGUGAGGAAAGCAAGUAAAUCCAUGGCCACAAGUUGUAAUCAAUGUCAAGUUAAUUCUCUGUUGCCAAAUCAUGCCCGAACAAGGUCAAAUCACUGCCCGUUGGGAGUUAACGAUUGUAACUGCCGACAACCAAAAGGAAAACGAACUUGCCCAAAUGAUAUAUGUGGUGCAAUAUAUGAAGAAGUAAUACAUCUGCAUGGUUCGACACCCCCUGCACCGUACUGGAGAAAUACUGAUGCCACUUUGUGGUGUUCAAACCCGUGGGAGAUUGGUAAAUGUUUUAUCAAUGCUCCAGGGUAUGCCCAUACCAGAUCAGCAAGUGAGACUGACUGUGCUGGACUAUUACAUAUCAUUGUUAACAACAAGGGAUUCCAUUCUCAUCUGCAGUGUGAUAUAAACGGCUCUGAUAUUUUAUGCAAGACGAGACAAUAUCGGAAUGAGAUAUUGCAUUCAGCUUCAAUGGAACUAGAGAAUGAGACAGCUGGUAACUACAUUGAUGAUAUGAUAGCUGUUCUACAAGACGCCAAAGAGCUUUGUUCACGUGCAGAAUCUGUAGAAGCUGUCAAAAAGUUGACAGAGCUGAAGACAAAGGAUUUCAUUGUUUCCACCGAGAACGAGAUGGAGAUAUUUCAGGAAAUGCGAAAGGCUUUGGCAAAAGAAACAGACGAAAGUUUGGAGAAAAUUGAAAGUACUACAACCGGCCGUGUCAGUACGAUACAGGAAAAGUUUCGAGACGUAGAUGAUGCAAUACAGCGAACAAAAGCUCAAACCUUAGAUGAAAUUCAAGCUUCUCAUCAUGACCUUCUGAACAAACAUACACUUAGCCUAGAUGUAAAGGCAACGGAAUGUUUAGAGAACAUUGAGUCAUCUGUACGCAUACAAGAAAAUAGAAUCAUCCAAAGUAUGAAGACUGCAGAGAGUGAUUUAACAAUUUCAAAAGUAGAAGCUAUAAAAGAAAUGAAAAAUAUACAAAGUGACUUGUUAAACAAACAUAUGGAAGAGCUGGGUAAGAAAGUUGAAGAAAUUAAUCAAACUUUGUCUCAAAAACAACUGUCUAUUGUAAAAUCAUUGGAACAGACAGGUACUAAACAAAAGCAAAUGUUGAAAUCGAUGUCAAAAGAUGUCAAUUCAUCUGAGCAGAAGGAAAUAGUUGUUUCUACCCCACAAUACAUAACACAGCGGAUGUAUGUAGAUGAAGCAGAUGGAUCUACAGAGCAGAAACAGCCCGAUUAUGAAAUGAUGAAAGAAGUUUUCAAGAAGCGGUUAAUCAGUCUUUACAUGGAAACCGUUGUGAAAGUGUCUGCAUUGCCACUUCAUCUCGAGAGAAACGAUGCCACUAUAAAUGAUUUGUAUGUAACACCAUGGUUGAAACUAGACAAUAACAGCUGUAACGUUUUCAAAACCAAAACGUCACCAGAAGUAGCACCAGGAAACGAAAGAAGUAGGAUUAUAUCAUUUUUCUAUGACAUAUUUUAUAAAGAUGGCCAAUUGAUGAAGUUAAUUUAUAUAAUUGGAGAGGCUGGGUCAGGUAAAAGUGCAUUUUGCAAAAAGAUGAUUCACAAAUGGUGUUUGUCCAAUUUCGAACAAAGUGAAGUUUGUUCGAAUAGUCAAAGAAAGUGCUUUGCCACCGAUGUAGUAAUGUCAGAUGAGGAAAUAAUGAAAAGCUAUGAAUUUCUAUUUUACAUUUCUCUACGUCAUAACACCGACACGGGAGAUAUUAGGACGAUGUUGAACAAUCAUUACGAAGAUCCAGCAUUAGAUGUCAUUCUGGAAAGAGAAUCGAGAAACUGUCUGAUACUCAUCGAUGGACUCGAUGAAUGGAAACCACCAGCGGAGGAGAAGUUGUCACAAUUUCAAACAAUUGGACUGCCAAAACGUGAUCUCAGCAAGCAAUAUACUACGAUAACAACUUCUAGACCAUGGAAAGUAGAUAUUCUGAAAAUAAAAGAAUCAGAAAUAGACAAUAAGAUUAGACUGUGUGGAAUUGAAUAUAAGUCUGUUAUCAAAAUGACUACCUAUAUUGUUAGUUAUUUGAAUAAAAUUUUCAAAAAGAAAAAAUCCGCAAACAGAUUUUUAGCGAAGUACGUUCUUUCCAAUGAACAAAACAAAACGCCAUUGAAUGACAUUAUGAAAUCGCCAGUAAUGCUACAGCAGUUGGUUUGUCUUUGGUUUGAUGACAAACUUCACCAGUCUUCCCGACGUAACAUUUACACCAGUAUGCUUGAAUUAUCUCUGGAAUGGUCUGUACAGAGGAAACCUGAUGACAGAAUAUUCGAAAUGUUUCGAGAGAAAUCAAUGGACUUGGAAGAAAUCAGUCUUCCUCUCACUUUUGAUGAAGACUCAAUAUGUGAGGAAUACAAAUAUAUAUUACUCAUAGCAGGCAAAGUUGCAUACCAUACACUAUUUUCAGAACAAAAGGAAUCGUCGCUUACGUUUGGACAAGCAACGCUAAGAAAAUAUGGAGCUAAUAAAGAUUUUAUACAGUGUUGUUUGGAGAUGGGAAUUUUCACUGAAGAACAGAAUGUUACUUUCUCUUUAAGUAAGCGUCGAAAUACUCAACUUUCAUUUACUCAUAAGUCUAUACAAGAGGUUUUGGCGGCCAUAUAUAUUGUGAUGCAAUGUGAAUCUGUUGAAAGUGACGCUAUGAGUCAAACUGUUUCAGAAUAUCUUAGAAAUGUAAAAACAGCGGAAGAUAUUUUGGAACAGUCUGAUGUAAUUGAACUAGUAUGUGGUUUUAACCCGUCACUAACAGCAGAUGUAUCUAAGUACAUGUAUGAUAUCGUAAUAAGAGAUGAAAGAUUCAUCGAAUUCAGAGAGACACUCAAACAAUGGCCCGAUUGUAACAUCAUUGUUCAAAUUCAAGAGCUUGUUUUUGGGUGUAUCAAGGAAUUUCAAUCCAGUAAAUGUUGCGAAGGGUAUGAUUUAUACCUUGCAGAUGCUAUAAUAAGGGAUAAGUCAGACAUUCCUCUUCUCAAAAAUAUUAAGAAAGAAAACAUUUUGUCAAUAACUAUAGCUGGAGAAAUAUGGGGUCUGUCCCGUUCAAGUAUACACCUCAGCGACUGUGAUGUCCGAAUAUUAUGCAGUACAAUAAGUCAGUGUUCAUCGUCAUUAUACCGUUUCUCUAAAUUAGACUCUAUUACGGCCGAUCCUGCAGAGGAGUUGCCAGUUUACUCAACUCUUGUAUCAUGCAAAUAUAACCAUCUACAGGCUUUAGAGUUGAAAGACAUAAGGUGGAAGCACGACAAGAUGUUUGGUCUGUCGUCAUUUUUAGAGCAGAACACAAACCUACAGGUGCUUUCACUCAGAGAUAUGCAUUGUGAAGCUGAUCAGUGCACAGUGCAUGAGGCAAACUUAUCAAAACAUGUCAAACUGAGGAGUAUGGACAUAAGUGAUGCCGACAUCCGCCUGACUGGACUAAAUUCAGAAAACCUUACGAGAUUUGUAUUGAUUGGGAUGGACAAGUAUGGCAGCAUUGACCAUUUACUUAGUGGAGCCAAAGUUUUAGAAUACAUUAACUUGUCGUCUUGGACAUUUCACAGCGACAGUAAAACGUUUAUAUCGGAUAUGCAGAAAUUGAAAUAUAUAGAAAUGUCCGAGGUACAAAUGAGUGAGACAACAUGGCUUAUGUUUACUGACAGUCUGAAAACAUUUCCUUCCUUACAAAAACUUACCUUGCGUGCAGUGAAUAUCCCUGACAGAGUGAAGAUAACCCUUUUGAAUACCCUUCAAGGUGUAGGACAGAUAGAGCGUCUUGAUUUGAUGGACAUGAAUAUUUCCAUAAAAUUUCCGAAAGGUUUGUGCAAUCUGAAGCAUUUAGUUGUUAACAAUGUGAAAUGUUUUGAGACAGACAUAUGCGAUUUUGUGAACAGUUUACAGUAUUUAUGUACUUUAGAGCGCCUAGUAUUUAAGAACAUGGAUAUUCAAAGCUCAUCGUUCACAUUUCCACCGAGUUUAGUUUGCCUUAAACAUAUUUUGUUACAAAACGUUAUACUAACAAAAGAGGCAUGGAUAGAGUUUGCCCUAAGUUUACAUCACCUGCAGCAAUUAGAAAUUCUAGAGUUCCAGAGCUUGAAUAUACCGGAUGCUUCCUUAAGUUUUUCAAGUGAAAUGAAAAAUCUCAGAAAUGUCAGCUUUGAAAAGGUUUUAAUGAGUAUUAGCAGCUGGAAAGAUAUUGCUGACAGUUUGAGUUUACUGCGACAGUCUAUUGAAGUUGAAACAGUAGAUUUGUACAUAGAACAUGGAUCUUUAGAAACAGCCAUUGAAUAUGUAAAAAAGAAGAAAGAUUUGUUUCAGGUCUCUCUUAGGUUUGGAGUGGAUUGUAGCUUUAGAACUAAAAAAAGUUCCAGCGCUAAAUAGUGUCAGAAGUUAAAGAACAGUAAUAAAUGUAUGAAAGAUGUAGUGUAACGGCAAGUGGACGUCACAUAUACCAUUUGAUAUUAAACUGCAUAAUUUAUUUGACGACUGUGAAGUUUAAAUAUGUGUUUUUCUAUUUUAAAAUGUAGGAGGUUACGUUCUACACAGUAACUGUUAAAAUUUAUUGGUUAUUUAAAAAAGGAAUGAACACAGCCACACAUACGCUUUUUACAUGUUAUUCCAUUAAUGAUUACUCUUUCUACACACUGUUGAUCACAAACAAUGAUAGAUAUCUAAAGGGUCACGCUUUCAUACCAAAUGUCUGAAAUUCAGAAAAAAAUCUUUUAUGCUUUAGUAGCUGUUAUAUAAUGAAUUAAAAGUAAAAUCAGUGUGACUGCUUUUGUUUUAAGCAGUAAUAAUUCAGAAUCUAUAGAAUAUAAAGCGUAAAUUUUCACUGCUGGAUGGGUAUAGCAUGUUUCUACCGUUAUAUAUUUCAGCAUAAAUAUAUUAACAUUUGUGGCCUAUAGAUUACUCUGUAUUGAAUCAUUUAGUAUAAACAAUAUAGAAAUCUA